GAGAGAGAAGUGAUAGAAUACAUUGAGAUGGAACACACCUGUCUUCUACUCUUGCUGUUCAGUACACUGGUAUACUCCGGCCUCGGUCAUGAUGGAGUCUCUCUGAGCGUCCGUCCCAACAGAUCUCAGUUCUUUAAAUAUGAGUCUUUAAUUGUGAGCUGUGAAGUUCAGGGGAGCUCUGCUGGAUGGACACUGAAGAGAUACACAUCGACUGGGAAGCUUUCAGCUUGUGGAACCGACUGGGGAAAACAACAAGGUUUUUCAUGCAUUGUGUCACUAAUACUAUCAGACAGUGGGGUGUACUGGUGUGAGGCUGGGUCUGGAGAACACAGCACUGCUGUCAACAUCACAGUACACGCUGGAGCUGUGAUCCUGGAGAGCCCUGUCCUUCCUGUGACUGAGGGAGAUUCUGUGACUCUGCGCUGCAGAUAUCAGGGAACUCCCUCUGACCUCACAGCUGUUUUCUACAAAGAUGGAUCCCUCGUCAGGACUGAGACCACAGGAGAGAUGACCAUCCCUGCAGUAUCCAGGUCAGAUGAAGGACUCUACAAGUGUUCCAACUCUGAAGGAGAAUCACCAGAGAGACGGAUGACUCUGACAGUUCUCUCUCCUCCAGUCUCUCUGAGUGUCCAUCCCAACCGAUCUCAGUUCUUUGAAUAUGAGUCUUUAAUUGUGAGCUGUGAAGUUCAAGGGAGCUCUGCUGGAUGGACACUGAAGAGAUACACAUCGACUGGGAAGCUUUCAGCUUGUGGAACCGACUGGGGAAAACAACAAGGCUUUUCAUGCAUUGUGUCACUAAUACUAUCAGACAGUGGGGUGUACUGGUGUGAGGCUGGGUCUGGAGAACACAGCACUGCUGUCAACAUCACAGUACACGCUGGGGCUGUGAUCCUGGAGAGCCCUGCCCUUCCUGUGACUGAGGGAGAUUCUGUGACUCUGCGCUGCAGAUAUCAGAGAACUGCCUCUGACCUCACAGCUGAUUUCUACAAAGAUGGAUCCCUCGUCAGGACCGAGACUACGGGAGAGAUGACCAUGCCUGCAGUAUCCAGGUCAGAUGAAGGACUCUACAAGUGUUCCAACUCUGAAGGAGAAUCACCAGAGAGAUGGAUGACUCUGACAGACCCCACUACAGUGCCAGUGUUGUCCAUGUCUCUGCCCAGGCUGCUGGGUAGUGUACUGGUGGUGUGUCCCUACCUGCUGGUGACGGUCAUACUGAUGGUGAAAGGCAACAGACGUAGGUCUCAAGGUGAGCGUUUUGAAGAACAGUGAGGCUGAGAAACACCUGAUCACCAUGACAACACAAUGGAACACACCACAUUCUAAUUCUGGACCUGUUAUUUACACCCAAAACAUCUCUUCUUCUCCUGGCAUUUAAAUAAAUAAAUAAAAUACGAUUUAUUUAACUGCUUUGAGGUAUUUGUCUUAUUUUAAGGUGUUUCAAUAUAUGUUGUGUUGUAUAAUUCAUUCAGCAGCAGUCCUUUUAAAUGGGUAAUCUGCAGAUCAAAAAUACAAACCCCCAGCCACUGUUUUGGUAAACAGCUGUGUGACCUAUACAGCCAACGUGUGUUUUUGAUAUGACUACGACUAUCUGGGAAUAUAACUGAUUGAUUUGAAUAUACAAGUAAUUUAGGCCUCGUGUUUUUUAUUCAUCUAGAUACUAUCUGACAUUUUGUAACAUAAAUUGAUUUCCUCAUUCCUGUAUGA